AUGACCAAAUUAUCUCAACCCAUCUUUCCAUACCCACCCAAGAAAGUGGAUGGAUACCCCACCUAUCUGCCUGAUCAAUUACAACCUGUCGGAUCGUUACUUGAUCCCAAUGUAUACAAGCAGAAUCAAGAUCCUCCCAAGUUGUUCGAACCUCUCACUAUCAGAGGUGUCGAGUUUCCUAAUAGAGCAUGGGUAGCCCCGAUGUGUCAAUAUUCAUCCGACGAGGGAAAAGCUACGGAUCAUCAUUUCGUCCAUCUAGGUUCGAUGGCCAUGAGAGGAUGGGGAAGCAUAAUGGUUGAGGCUACUGCUGUAGUACCCGAGGGUAGAAUCACACCUGAAGACAUGGGAAUAUGGGAAGACUCUCAGAUUGAACCUCUCAAACGAGUUGUAGACUACGUUCACGGUCUAAGAGGUAUCAUCGGUAUCCAACUUGCCCAUGCUGGUCGAAAAGCGUCCAACCCCGCUCCAUGGACUUUGAGACAGGCCAUCGAGGAUGAGGGAUACGACGGUGGGGAUGUAGUAGGUGAAGAGAACGGAGGUUGGCCCAACAAUGUUCAAGCUCCUUCCGCAAUCUCCUUCAACCCAGGCAAAUAUGCCAAUCCCGUCGAGAUCACUACAGAGUACAUCAACAACCUCAAGAAAGCCUAUGCGGAUGCUACAGAGAGAUGUAAGAAGAUCGGAUUCGAUUUCAUUGAGAUACACGGUGCUCAUGGAUACCUAUUACACGAGUUUGUCGAUCCUAUUUCCAACAAACGUACCGACUCCUAUGGUGGCUCGCUAGACAAUAGAAUUAGAUUACCUCUUGAGCUCGCUCAGCUCUUGAGGGAGAAAUGGGAAAAACCCCUCUUUUACAGAGUAUCAGCUACCGAUUGGUUAGAUGAAGAAUUAGGACCUGAGAAGGGUAAAAAUGGUGAUUGGGCUUGGUGGGGGAUUGAUCAAACGACCUACUUGACUCAGAAACUCGCUGAUCUAGGAGUGGACCUGAUCGACGUUUCUUCAGGUGGUAACGACCUGAAAGGAAAAGUCAAAGUUGGACCUUCUUAUCAAUUACCUUUCGCCGAACAUAUCAAGCAAAACGUAUCUAACAUCCUCGUUGGCGCUGUUGGUAUCAUCACUGAACCUGCGCAGGCCAACGAUAUCAUUGAAGAAGGAAAAGCGGAUGUGGUAUUCUUAGCUAGAGAAGUAUUGAGGGAUAUUGAUUUCCCGUUGAAAGCUGCUUUGGAAUUGGGUGCGGCGGUUAGUCCAGCUGUACAAUAUGAGAGAGCAUGGACUCGAAUGUUAGUUAAGCGCGAUCACGUCAAGAAAGCAGCCCAUCAUCAUGGUGUAGAUGAAGUUCAAGGUGAAGAAGGCAAAAAAGAGAAACCUAAGCGGAAUGCUCCACCCGAAGUGCACACUUCUGUACCAUGA